AUGAGCUUAUGGACGACGGUGACCCCCGAAGUGCCACCAUCCAUUGCGAGGACCACGGCGUGCCCGUGGGUACGUGUGCACGACCUGGGUACACGUACGUACAGUGUAGGUACAGUAUGUACACGUACACGUACUUUCGAAAGUACUUUCGUACUUUCGAAAGUACUUUCGUACGAAAGUACACGUACAACUAUCUGUCAUACUUUCGUACUUUCGAAAGUUGUACCUUCAUUCAUAUUUUCGUACUUUCGUACGAAAGUACACGUACUACGAAAGUAUUUUCGAAAAUAG